AUGUCUUCCCCACGGUCACACUCCUACGGGCUGCUCCUCCUGAGCCUCCUUGUCCUGCUGCUCUCCCGCUCUGCCGCGGCGCUGAGCAUCCGGCGCCAGGACAACUCCACCAUCUCCGCCGGCCGCGAGCGCGUCAGCAUCAACAAGGGCUGGCGCUUCUGGCGCUCCGAGUUCAACCCGGACGGCAUCGCCUACGACAUCCGCCCGGACCUCGAGAACCUCACCGACAUCUACGUGCUGAAGGACUGGAUCCUGCCUUCGGCCAACACCUUCAUCAACGACGCCGCGAAGCACCACGAGCGCCCCGCCGGCGAGCCCAUGCGCAAUGUGUCCUACGCGUCCGCGGACUUCGACGACGGCGCGUGGGAGACGGUGGACCUCCCGCACGACUGGGCCAUCAAGGGCCCGUUCUACAUCGAGGAGGACCCCAUCAUCGGCGGCGGCAUGGGCCGGCUGCCCGUCCACGGCGUGGGCUGGUACCGGCGCAGUCUCACGCUGAACCCCGAGGACGCGGGCAAGUCGGUCUACCUCGACGUCGACGGCGCCAUGUCGUACGCGAUGGUCUGGCUCAACGGCCACCUCGUCGGCGGCUGGCCGUACCCGUACAACUCGUUCCGCCUCGAUCUGACGCCGCACCUGACGCAGGGCGACGAGAACGUCCUCGCCAUCCGCCUCGACAACCCGCCCGACUCGGCGCGCUGGUACCCCGGCGGCGGCAUCUACCGCAACGUCUGGCUCACCAAGGUCAGUCCCGUGGCUGUCAGCCAAUGGGGCACGUAUAUCACCACCAAGGAUGUCUCCUCGUCGUCUGCGACACUCGACCUCGUUGUUGAAGUCGAGAACACGGGCUCCGCAGACCAGGAGAUCCAGGUCACUACUGACGUCUACACUCUCACCGCCGCGGGUGAAGCAGGCGACAAGGUGUCCUCCUUCGAAGCCUCCUCGCUCACCGUCCCCGCGGGCAGCAAAUCCUCUGCCCCAUCCUCCACCACCGUGACGAACCCGCUCCUCUGGGGCCCUCCCCCGUCCCAGCAACCGCACCGCUACCUCGCCGUCACAACCGUCACCGUCAACGGCCAAACCGCAGACACCUACACCACGCGCUUCGGCAUCCGCUCCGUGACCUACUCCGCCGAUGCCGGCCUCCUCGUCAACGGCGCCCACGUCCGCCUCCAAGGCGUCAACAACCACCACGACCUCGGCGCCCUCGGCGCCGCCUUCAACACCCGCGCCGCCCAGCGCCAGCUCGACAUCCUCGCCGAGCUCGGCUGCAACGCCAUCCGCAUGUCGCACAACCCGCCGGCCCCGGAACUCCUCGAGCUCACCGACGCCAUGGGCUUCGUCGUCAUGGACGAGGUCUUUGAUUCCUGGUACCGCAACAAGACCGCCAACGACUUCCACCUCAUCUUCGCCGACUGGCACGAGGCCGACCUGCGCGCCAUGAUGCGCCGCGACCGCAACCACCCCUCCGUCGUCAUGUGGUCCUUCGGCAACGAAGUCUCCGAACAACAGAUCGGCGACCCGGGCACCGUCCCGGCCCUCGAGCUGCACGCCAUGGUCAACGACGAAGACCCCACCCGCCCCUCGACGGCCAGCAUGAACUUCGCCAAGCCCAACAUGUCCUUCCCGACGGCGAUGGACGUGCUCAGCCUCAACUACCAGGGCGAGGGCAUCCGCGACACGCCCGCGUACUCGUACCUCCCGGGCGUGCGCACGCACCCGCUCUACGCGGACUUCCACGCCGCCUUCCCCGACAAGAUGAUCCUCUCCUCCGAGACGGCGUCGGCGCUCUCCACGCGCGGGAGCUACAUCUUCCCCGUCGCGGACUCUGGGGGCGCCCCCGUCAACGACACGUCCGGCGGGAAUUCGACGUCGAUGCGGGUAAGCGGGUACGAGCUGUACUCGGCCAACUUCGGCGCCGCGCCGGACAAGGUGUUUGCGGCGCAGGACGCGCACCCGUUUGUGGCGGGCGAGUUCGUCUGGACGGGGUGGGACUACCUCGGCGAGCCGACGCCGUAUUACACCGCGCGUUCUUCGUAUUCCGGCAUCAUCGAUCUCGCGGGAUUCAGGAAGGAUAGGUUCUUCUUAUACCAGGCGCGCUGGCGGCCCGAUUUGAAGUUUGCACAUGUGCUCCCGCACUGGAACUGGCCCGACCGCGUCGGCGAGGUCACGCCGGUGCACGUCUUCACCUCCGCCAAUACUGCCGAGCUCUUCGUCAACGGGGAGUCCCAGGGAAAACUCACCCGCGCGGAGGGGGAGUACCGCUUCCGCUGGGACGAGGUCCUCUACGCCCCCGGCGAGAUCAAGGUGGUGACCUACAAAGACGGCGCCGAGUGGGCGACAUCCGUUGUGCGCACCGUCGGAGCGGCGACGCAGCUCGCCGCGUCGGCGGACCGGACGGCCAUCGCUUCCGACGGGGCCGAUCUGGCGUUCGUCACGGUGGAGGUGCGGGACGCGGAGGGGGACCUGGUGCGAUUUGCAGAAGACGAGAUCACGUUCAGUAUCAGUGGGCCGGGGCAGAUUGUCGCGACGGACAAUGGUGAUCCUGCGGAUCUGGUUGCGUUCCCGUCGUUGACGCGCAAGGCGUUUAGCGGGUUGGCGCUGGCGAUUGUCAAGUUUGACGAGGGGGCGACGGGGGAGGUUGUGGUUACGGCGUCGGGGCCGGGGUUGAGCGAUGGUGUUGUUACUAUCAAGACGCUGUAG